CUAAUUAACCCCUUAAUUUGCAUUUUUGUAGCUCAACAAUAUGUAUAUAAACACAACAUGCAAAUGAAAACAUGAACUCUUUUUAGUUAAUGGGUUUGGUUGAUGUUUAAGAGAUUUUUUGAUGGGUUUUAGUUUUUGUGGUCAUAACUUGUUUGAUGGGUUAGGUUUCUGAUUAAUUUCUGAAAGCAUGAUUAGUAUUGGGUUAGUUAUAAAUUUACUCAAAAGGGCAAUUUUGUCAAAUGAUUAUUUUGUUGACUCUUUUUUUUUUAAUUUGUUUGACAGGUUAAGCAUGGGGUACAGGCAAAACACAAUAUGGGUUUUGCUUCUAAUUUUCUUGGUCAGCAAUUUAGGUUCAAACUUCAUUGCAGCUCAAACUGAUUUAACCAAUAGUUCUGAACCAGGAAUAAAUUUGGGUGAAACAAGCAACGUGUCACAGUCAGAUGAUACAGUAAGGGUGGAUCCUCUAGAUAAUUUCAACAAAUACAGAGGAGGAUAUGAUAUUACCAAUAAGCAUUAUUGGACUUCAACUGUAUUUACAGGAGUGUAUGGAUAUGCAAUUGGGUUGCUGUGGCUGUUGGGUGGAGUUGUAUAUGGAACCAUUCUUCUAAUUUCUAACCAUUGUUGUAAUUCAAGGAAACAGAAGCUAACAAAAAGAUUACCUUGCCAUAGGCAAUGUUACCUUUUGCCUAUCCUCUUGGCUAUUUUAUUCACUAUCCUCACGAUAAUUGCGACAGGAUUAGUUCUCGGAGGGAAUCAAAAGUUCCAUUCGCGAGCGAAAACAGUGGUGAACAUUAUUAUAGAUACAGCAGAUGGUGCAUCAGGAACAAUAUAUAACACAACUGGAGCAAUGAGAGAAAUCAGAGAUAAUUUAGAAUCAUCUAAUGCAACCACGAAACAAGCAUCUACCUUCCUAACUUCCACAUCGGAACAGCUCGACAGUCAGGCUGAUGAAAUUCAUAGGCAAGCAAGAAAAAACAGGCGAUUGAUCGAUAAGGGUCUCAAGAUAGUAUACAUAAUAACAACAGUAAUAAUUUCCUUGAACCUUGUUGCUGUUAUUGCUCUUUCAGUUUGUGGAACUCUGAGGCUACGAAGAGCACUUAAUUUGCUUAUUGUCCUUUGUUGGAUCCUGACUGCUCUAUGCUGGCUGUUCUUUGGAGUGUAUUUCUUUUUAGGAAAGUUCUCUGGUGAUACAUGUACAGCUCUAGAAAACUUCCAAAAGGAUCCUUACAACAACAGUUUGAGUUCAAUCCUUCCUUGUGAUGAAAUGCUGAAAGCAAAGCCCAUUUUGACAGAUGUCAGUCAAGGGAUAUACGACAUUGUUAAUCAGGUUAAUGCAAACAUAUCAGUAGUACAAGUGUGUAAUCCUUUCUCAGGACCUCCAGAGUACAUUUACCAGGCUCAUAAUUGCCCUGAAAAUACAAUUCAAAUAGGAGAUGUUCCUAAGCUAUUGGAGCCACUUGCAUGUUCAGAUUCCAACAAUACAGUAUGUAGAAGUAACGGACAAUUCAUAUCGAUCAACGACUUCCGAACAGUCGAAGGCUACACAAAUUCACUUCAGAAUCUGCUAAAUGCAUAUCCAGGUAUGGAAAACCUGGUAGAAUGCCAAUCAGUAAAGGAUGCAUUUUCUGAUAUUCUGAUAAAUCAUUGUAAACCAUUGAAGAAAUAUGUUAGGAUGACUUGGGGAUCCAUGUUGUUUCUGUCGUUAAGUAUGGUGUUUUUGAUUCUGAUAUGGACACUUCAAGCUCAUCAUGAUCAAGAACGCCAUCCGUCCGAUAAUUCUGUUAAACCGCAUUCGCAUACUGUGAUUGAAAUAGAUUCUGAUGAUGUAGAAGUAAAAGGUGGCUCAAAGCAAGGUUUAGUUUAGGAACCGCGGAAAAUUCUUACCGAGCCCGAGUCAAUACUUUAUUUAUGGAUCCGACCAAUCAGAAGUUCUGAUUGAUUGUUGAUGAAUGAAAUAUGGACCGGAGCUAGAUAAGAAAUUGCCGGAACUGUACAUACUCUCCCUGGAAGUUCAAUGCGCAAGCAGAUUUCCAAGAGGAAUUGGAAUUAUAGGAUCAAAAUUUAGUUGGAUAUAUGUACUUCAAGGAUACAAUAAAUAGGUAUUUUCAGUAUGUA